UAGCUGUUACCGCCAUCAGCAUUCAUUCAACUGAAAGAUUCCUAAAACCUUGGAUUAUCCGAAUCCCUAAUUCCUAAUGGCCUUCGACGACGAUGAAGAUUUCUCCGGCAGCGAUUCCGAUGACGGAUUCCAAGAAGACAUGGAAGCCCUUAAGAAAGCUUGUCUUUUCGUGGGCAAGGACGCCGACGACCUCCAACCUUCAUCUUCCACCGGCGAUAUCGCCGGUGGACACGUCGCUGGUGAUGACGAUGAAACUCCCUCUGGUUCGGACGCCAACGACGAUGACGAUGAGGAUGACAUCGAGUUGGUGCGUAGCAUACAAGAGCGAUUUGCUCUAUCAACGGAGCUUCGCGAGCCUAUAAGUCUGAAACCAUUGUGCUCUAUCCUUCCACCUGGUUCAGAGUGUGAUGAAGACGCUGAUUUUGAAACCUUACGUGCUAUUCAGCGCCGUUUUGCGGCCUACGAUGAUGAUUCUGGGAAUGGAAGAAAGGAGAGUCCUUUAGAUAAAUUUGAGCAGGUUGGUGUAACUAACAUAACCUCGGAAAAGGAAACUUCCAAUAAUUUCUUUGUAGAGAGAACUAAUGCUGAGGAGGGGUUUCCCGCUUGUGUAGAUAGAUCCAUACAGAUUUCUGAAGGAUGCAGUAAUGACGUUGCUAGGUCUCAGAAUUUCACUGAGGGGCAUGAUUCUGGUGCUGAAACCACAGCUGUGUCGGUUAAUUCUUCUUGCUUCCCAAAAUCAGCACAUGCAUUUGUUGAUGCCAUAAAGAAGAAUAGGUCUUGUCAGAAAGUUAUUCGGGAUAAAAUGAUGCAAACUGAAGCAAGAUUGGAAGAGUUGAAAAAAUUAAAGGAGCGGGUCAAGAUCCUUAAGGGCUUUCAGCUCACUUGCAAAAAGAGAAUGGGGCGGGCCUUGUCACAGAAAAGAGAUGCUCGUGUCCAGUUAAUUUCCUUGCCAAAGCAAAGGCUCAGCGCAAAGGUAAAAAGGCAUACAUCUGUUGAUGCAAGUUGUACUUAUCAGGGAAAGAAGUUAUCUGCAAUACAUUGUGGACCGCCUGAGAAUUCUCAUGUUGCUAGCUAUAGGGAGGCAUUGACACAUUUUGCUGUCUCAUUGAGUCGCAAGGAGUGGUCCAAGGAAGAGAGUGAAAAUCUUGCGAAAGGAGUGAAACAACAAUUUCAAGAGAUGUUACUUCAACGCUCGGUCAAUCUUCUAAGUGAUGAGGAUGGAUGUUCUAGAGAAUCUGGUGAUCUUGAUGGUGUUAUUGCCUCAAUCAGAGACCUCGUGAUUACCCCCGAGACCAUGAGGUUAUUUCUACCCAAGGUCAAUUGGGAUCAAGUAGCUUCCAUGUAUCUUCCUGGUCGUUCUGGUGCUGAAUGUCAAUCAAGGUGGUUGAACUGGGAAGACCCCUUAAUUAAACAUGAAGGAUGGGAUUUAUUAGAAGAAAAGAACCUAUUGCAUGCAGUUCAGCAGAAAAAAAUGAGUAACUGGGUUGAUAUUUCUACAUCGUUAGGAGUAUGUAGGACUCCAUUUCAGUGCUUAUCACAUUAUCAGAGGAGUUUGAAUGCUUCAAUCAUUAGGCGGGAAUGGACAGAUGAAGAGGAUAUUAGACUCUGUGCUGCUGUGGAGACUUUUGGUGAGAGCAACUGGCAGUUUGUUGCUUCUGUCAUUGAAGGCCGGACAGGUACUCAGUGCUCCAAUAGGUGGAUUAAAUCUAUUCAUCCAACAAUAAAAAGAUGCGGGAAAUGGAAUGCUGAUGAAGAUAAGCGAUUGAAAGUUGCUGUGAUGCUUUUUCAUCCUAAAACUUGGAGGAAUAUCGGUCAAUCUGUCCCCUGGCGAACUCCAAUUUGGAAGAAGGUAGCUCAAUAUGUACCUGGGCGGACUCAUGUACAAUGUAGAGAAAGAUGGGUCAAUAGCUUAGAUCCUUCUUUGAAGUGGGAUGAGUGGUCAGAAGAGGAGGAUUUGAAGUUAAAAUCAGCCAUUGAUGAACAUGGAUAUUCCUGGUCCAAGGUUGCCGCAUGCGUUCCUCCACGUACUGAUAAUCAAUGUCGCAGGAGAUGGAUCCAGCUAUUUCCAGAUGAAGUUUAUAUGCUGCAAGAAGCUAAAAAGAUACGAAGAGAAGCUUUUAUUUCCAACUUUGUUGACAGGGAGGAGGAAAGACCUGCCAUUAAACCCAAUGACAUAGUUCUGACACAUAAGCAUAGUUAUAGAGCUGGAUGUGAAACUACUUCUGCGAAUAAAAAGAGGAAACUACGGCGCAGAGCCACAAGGAUGGAUACGGCUCUUAGGGGUGAUGCAAUGUGUGAAAUGGAGAAGCGACAUUUGGAGGGAAGUGAAGGUCCAGAGUCUUCCGAUCUUAUAAACAACAGUUUGUUAUCUUCUAGAGACCAGGGUUGUAAUGAUGCCAUAAAGAAUAAAAGACCGUCUAAACUGCAUCCUAGAAAGACAAAAAAAUUUACACCAAAUGAUAAGGUUCCAGAGGCUUCUGCUUCCAGUGUGUCUACUAUUGCAGAUGGCAAUAUCCGCAAGAGGAAGAGGAGGAGAACCAGUUCACUAGUGAAGAAAAAGAGUAGAACUAUCGCCUCUGCUUCCAGUACUUUUGAGUCUACUACUGCAGAUGGCAAUAUCUGCAAGAGGAGGAGGAGAGCCAGUUCGUUAGUGAAGAAAAAGAGUAGAGAAAGUUCAUCAUCUUUGCCAAAUCUGUCUUCGUCAAUGAUAGUUUUUGAAGAGGCUGAGUCACGUGUUCAAGACAGCAGGAAGGCCAAGAAUGUUAUGGAUAAACUCCAUUCCGCAAGUGAAUAUGAUGAUCCCUGUAUUAGCCCUCGAGGUCCUCCAUUUGCACGUCCACAGUUGGAUAAAGGGACAGCUGAUCUCAAUGUUUGUGAGAAUGAUAAUGCCUCUACAACAGGGUUCCAGGAUGCCUCAUUAUUUUUUCAAAAGAAUGAUGUGUGCACUGAUGAAAAUGCAAGACAGUUAGAAGCUUCUGCAAUACCUGGCACACUGGAAGGUGGGAAUUAUGGAGCUUCUGGCUGUCACAAGCUUAAUGAAUGCAAUCAAUUGAAGAAUAAUGUUAAGUCUUCCAUAGAUAAUCAGCCAGAAACAGCCGAUGACUGCAUGACCCUUGCUUCUUUUAUCCGUAAAUCGCGAGCAAAGGUAUGUUCAUCAUCUUCUACAAAGGUUGCCAGGUUGCAUCCGGGCAAAGCUCAAAGUAUGGCUAUGGCUGGAGAUCACUCUAGCAGAUCUUGUAUAUCUGGUGGUCAUGAUGGGAUGGAGAAGAGAACUAAACAAGAAUGCACCAGUUCCAAUCAGAUAUCAGGGACUGAAGUAGGGGAUGACAUGCCCCUCUCUUUUUUUAUGGGCAGAGUGAAGAAAAGGGAGUGGACUGAAGUAGAGGAUGACAUGCCUCUCUCUCUUUUUAUGGGCAGAUUGAAAAGGGAACAUCGUUAAUUUUUUUUUUAUAGAUUUCCAAGGCUGCUCAUUAUUCUCAGAAGUUCGUUCAAUGGUAAAGGCCAAACUGAUUUAUCCCAUCUUCAUCUUGACUGGUUUUGGAUGCACACAUCUACAUUGUGCGUUAACUUUCAGGCUGUUGGAGGGAAACUAAUGAGAUUCACUUGUAUAGGCGAUCGCAAUUGGGAAAAUUUUCUUUAUUUCCUGCUUGACGCAUGAGUUAUAAAUUUGCUCAAAUGUAUUUUGUUCUUUUUCAAAUUCAAAAGCCAUUCUUUGUCUAAUACUAAUGGGAGAGCUCUGAAGACGUGGUUGGGGGGGUACUGAAUGGGCACUUUUGUCCUGUGUCCAUGACUCCAUAUUACUGUAAAAUUUUGAACCUCCUCGCACUGCAAUGAAUACUUUUGUAUUCUUAUUGAAUACUAUUUUUUGGU